AUGGGUAGCGCUGGCUAUCCCGGAGGCACCGCAGGGUUUACAUCAGCUUUCAAUGCCACAAAUUACAUCCCCAAACCUGUCACUUCUGGCCUACCGCCAAUGAAACGCUUGAUAUUCGUAUGCUUCGACAGUCAAGUAGCCGCUCAUAGCCCGCAAGAGCAUGGACUGAUUAUAUCCAGGCUACAAAGUCCAGACCAAUCCCAAGAAGCUUUUCAAAGUUGGAAGAGUUUUGCUGCCAUUUGGCACGAGGGUAUGGGGAAUGCCGCGCCUCUGAGAGGAGGCACCAAAAGCCUUACAAGUGAUCAUGAAUUGAUGAUUGUGGGAAAGUUCAGCACCAAGAGCUACACUGCCAUCCGCCGCAUGGUGGUCUUCAAUGAAAUGGAUCAGUGUGCAUGGUGCUUCCCGGUGCACACCUACGGCCGCCUGGGAGUCGCCAAAGCGAGUGUGAGUCCCUCGAAGCAUGCAGCCGUCUAUACGAAAGACCAACAACCCAGGUACGGUCCCAACGAGCCAAAAAUGGCAAAGGAGGCCAUUGAGGUGACCCCUAAGCCGUAUCAGAGACUACACGCCAUGUCUUGA